AUGUAAUUUCACAGUCAGCGCUAUCGUGUCUGUCGUCUGGUAAACAGUUUGCGGACAGUGCAUAUCUGCAGUGCACAACCAUUCGUCUUCUGCAUUGUUGGAGAGGUUGUGCUGACUGUAAACACCUUCUCCUCUAGGCAAGGGGGAGUCUCGGAUUUUCGAAAGGGGUGUCGGAAAUACAUGUACAUGUAGGGGCAUCGGAACAGUGUAAUCGGAGGAUCCAGUUUGCAGUGCUGUCCUCAUUGAGCUUUUGCUCAAGUUCAGUGGAUGCCUUUGCUCAAGUUCAGUGGAUGCUUUUGCUCAAGUUCAGUGGAUGCUUUUGCUCAAGUUCAGAUGGAAGUUUUUUACCUGCUGAGUUAAAUACUUUAUCUUGUUAAUUGAUGGCCAGUUUCAUGGUUCAGCUUAAAAGUGUAUCUGUCGGACAAUAGCAGACAGUGUUUGUUUGAAGCUGCUCUAAGAUGUCAAGACGUAAAGGAGAACCCUCGUCCGUCCAGCAGAAGAUGUCUUACCAAAAACUCUCUGGCAACGAGCCUGAGAACGACGUGGAACUUAGCAAUGUCCAGGCCACUGAGCCCUCGGACAACUACCAUAAAUUAGGAUCAGACGAGCCCGACGUGGAGGGAUUCGACGGCAUUCAGAUCUCGGAUGUCAAGGCUCGGGCGUUUGAUGGAUUUGACGACACACAUAGGAGCCCUCUUCUGAAGGGGCCGGCCGGGGAGGAAGUGAAGUAUGAGCUUGACUAUGUUGCCGACGACAAUGGGAUUAUGUUAGUCGCUGUACAAGGAGAUCGAUCUAAGCCAGCCAUCAUCACAUACCAUGAUAUUGGAUUGAAUCAUGUGACCUGCUUCCAGGGAUUCUUCAACUUUCCUGACAUGGCACCCAUCUUGAAGCAGUGCUGUGUGUACCAUGUGAAUGCACCAGGACAGGAACAGGGCGCUGCACAGAUACCCGAAGGCAAAAAGUUCCCAGACAUGGAUAUAUUAGCGGAAAUGUUGCUGUCGGUAGUUAAUCACUUUGGAUUGAAACAAUUUAUUGGUUUUGGUGUCGGUGCUGGAGCAAAUAUCCUAUCGAGAUUUGAGUUGAAUCACCCCAAGCUUGUUGAAGGUUUGGUUCUCGUUAACUGCACAUCUAAAGCAGCUUCCUGGACAGAGUGGGGCCAACAGAAGCUUUCUUCCUUCUACCUUCGAGGCAAAGGAAUGACAUCAUACAGUCAAGAGUAUCUUCUGUGGCAUUAUUUCGGAAGGAAAACCAUGGAGAGUAACCACGAUCUCGUGACCGUCUUCAGAGAAAACUUAGCCAGGAGCGUCAACCCGUUCAACCUGUCUCUAUUUAUUGAUGCUUACAUCAGACGGACAGAUCUUAAGAUAAAACGUGAGCUGGAUCCAGUCAAGAAAAAGGAGACGCGGACGCUCAAAGGCAACAUCAUGUUGAUUGGUGGCAGUAACUCUCCUCAUGUCAAUGAUACAGUUGAUAUGAACGGCAGACUGGACCCCGAAAACUCGACUUGGAUAAAGAUUUCUGAUUGCGGCGGCAUGAUCCUGGAGGAGCAACCGGCCAAGCUGUGUGAAUCAUUCCGUCUCUUCAUGCAAGGCCUCGGAUAUGCUGAUGUGUUGAAAUUACGAUCGAUGAGACCAGCCCACGGAGUGGAACAGUGCGAUCUCCGUAUCACCAACAAACCAAAAGGAGAACCAUCGCCUGUGUUUGUCUAGUGAGGGACGACACCGUCACAGAUUCUUGAAAAUACCGACUAGAAUUAUGAUACAUCUCCUAGAAAACAGUGUUGCCUGUUAUUAUUGAGGCUCAAAUGUCAUGGCUCUGCUUACCGUCUGAUUCUGUGCUUAAGAUUGAUUGUUCUCUGCUUACUGUGUAAGUGUUGAAUUUCUGCACUGGCUGUGUUAGAGGAGAAUGCCUAGUAACGUGGAGUACACACUAUCUAUUGCAAACAAGCAAAAUUUUGUGGAAUACGCUUGAUGUAAGCAUGGAAUUCCGUUCUUCCGUAAGUGCCGACUCUUUGCUUACGUUAAGCAGAGCCAUGAAAUAGGGCCCAGAUGACCAGGCAAAGAAUCAUGUAUUCACCAUUAUACAACAUUAUGAGAGUUUGUUCUCGGAACAAAUUUGAUAGAAAAAUCAACAACAUAUGUACAAGCGACAUUAGCCCGGCAACGCAUCAUGUAUUCACUGAAGCAGCUGCGCCAGACAUUCAUGGGAUUGUUCUUAUACAAAUCAAAAGAGAAGACCAACACUAGUACAUGUAGCUGUCUUAGAUGAUCGACUGUCCAAGACUAAUUAAUGUAUUCACUAGGAAAUAAUAAGUACAGCCAAGAACAAACGCAGGAUAUAAGACUGGGACAGAGUUACUGGGGUGGGUGAUAAAUCAAAUAUUUAGGGAGUCUUUCAACAACUGGAAACUUCAGACUUCAUUUCAGACUGUUCACUUUAGAGACACUGGACACCUUUGGUAAUUAACAUAUGCAACAAACCUGUGAAAAUUUGAGCUUGUCAAAGUUGC